ACCGAACUCCUGACCGGCUAUAAGAUGCAGGUCGCCGCUGCUCGGGCUUUGCGUCUGGGGUUCCCGGUUCGGAGAGAUUGCACUGGUGUUGAUUGCUCUCCUCAACGUUCCGUGUGUUCCGAGUUCCGAGGUUCCGUUCCAUGUCGACGAGAGGGGGCGGCGAGGCGAGGCAGGCGACGGUGAAGAUCAUCGAGACGGUGCACGUGGAGGUGGACCGGUAUAGCUUCAAGUCGAUCGUCCAGAGGCUCACGGGGAGGGACGCGCUGGUCGGCGACUACUCGGAAGGGCCCGAGCGUAGAUCAAAUGAAGAGGCGCCUCAGCGCGCUGCUGCUGGGUAUAUGAGCAACCAAGCGAGCAAGCCCUUCGCUGAUCGCCACUCAAGCAAAGACGAGAGCUGUUGAUGACCAUCUGUAUUUUUUUUUUUUUUUGGGGAUUUUGUUUGAAACUUUGUAGGAGCACUUCAUAUCGUUUAAAUAGAGGGAAGAAGAGUACAUUGUGUUAUUACAUUAGAUACUAAGAUCACUAUCUCACAGAACCAAAAAUCUCGUUUAAUUAGCUAAAUCCAUGGAUGCAAGGCUGCCCACAGGGCACAGGCAACUCUAGCCAUCUCUUCUUUGGCCAGAUUAAAAACCUGCAUCG